CCGUUGUUUUUAAUUUUUUUCCAGGCAAUUCAGACACAAACUACUCAUUAAUAGUACACUUUCCCUGCUCUUUGUUAUUUCAGAAACCUUGCUGAAAAAAGACGAGGAAAUCAACGCUCUCUCCAGAUCCGUAGAACAACUGCGAUCCUACAUCGGCGAUGUUAGACCGAGCCAAGAAGCUAAAAAACUGAGUGAAGCCAACAAGCGACUAACAAACAACAUGCAAGUACUAACUGAUGAAAACAACACCCUACACUCAACUGUGAAGUUACUCAACGUUAGACUGUCAGCGAUUUUGGAAAUAGUCUCGAUCCACGAAACGGAGCUGACCAGACAUGGGGGUGUGACGGGGGUUAAUGGGGGUAACGAGGGCUUAUUGAGGACGUGGAGGGAGAAAGUGUUUGCUCUCAUGGUGCAACUGCAGUCACAGAAGAUUGUUGAAAAUGAGACGAAGCGAAAAGAAGACGCCAAGGUUCUUGUUUAAAGUCCAGGUCCAACGAGGAUAAGAGUUCAUGAAAGUUCCCAGUCGCGCAUUUUUGCUGCGAUUUUAGUUGCGAUUUUCUCCUUUUGAAGGAUGUGAAGGAGUAGAUCAGUUAUAAAUGUUCCAGGUUAUGAAAUCUCAUAACAACAUCAUCACAGAAUAAAGACAUACAGAAGUGUAACCUCCAUUACAAAACCGUAAGGCGCUUUUUACUGAAAUAGCUGGCGGCCAUGUUCUUAGCAAGUGCCUAAAAAGAGGCAUUCACCCCCCUGGAAUAUUAAAUUUUCAAUAUGUUUUCAGGGGGGUGACUGCCUCUCUUUAGGGCACUUGCUAAGAACAUGGCGGACUGAAAAAAUCCCUUACGCACUUUUAAUAAGGAGAUACACUUCUGUAUGUCUUUAUUCUGUGACAUCAUUAAGUAAUCUACUCCUUCACAUCCUCCAAAAGGAGAAAAUCACAGCAAAAAUUUUAAGCUCUAGAUGUUAAAAAUAAAGGUUUGAUGAAUGUUCCAACUAUGCUUCAACUUCAAUAGAAUACAUGAUAGUGUUGGGAAAGCAUUAAGAACAGCUAACCAAGCUCGCGUGACUGCCAACUCUCAUGCACUCUCGUCCUCGUUUCAUCCAGGCUCAACUCAUUUUCAACCUUGUAGGGGACAUCUAUAAGGCGAACAAUGUAAAACUGAACACUGCAUUGUCUGAUAAAACUAUACAGUAUAAAUAAAGUUUGAAAUUAUUUUCAUCAUUUUUCAGAUAAGCGGUUUAAAUUCGCAAUUGCAAGAACUCGAACGAAGCAACUCCAUUUUAAAUCACAAGCUUGCAGACCAAGAAGCUGCCAUCGAACUGGAGAUAAAGAAACGAACGGCACUACAACAAGAAAAUGGAAAACUACGAGAAGAAAAUGCUGUGUUCAAGAAACAGGAAGAGCAGUGGUCAACGCAUUUUCAAGCUCUACGCAGAUCCACAGAGGACGUUGAGAAGAUGUUGUUGCAAUCACUGACAAACUUGAACAAAACUGUUUCCAAGUUAACUUCGUUUGAUCAACGACUAACGUUCGCCGGUUCACGGAUUCAGUUCAUAUCAGGUAUGGUAUGUUGGUGGUACAAUGAUUAGAGACUAACGUCCGUAUUCUAAAAGCUCACUCGCACUCAAUGAGUGGAGGUUCAAUCUGGGCUUCUCUUGAGUGUCAAUGCUGUUUUUGAAUAGCUGGAGGGUUAGUGUCGUACCUUACUAUCUGACUACUCACCUUCCAGCUAUUCAAAAACAGCAUUGAUACUCAAGAAAAACUCAGAUUGAACCUCCACUCAUUGAGGAGUGAGCUUUUAGAAUACGGGCGUAAGACUCCUGUGACUGGUUUCGAUUCCUGCAAUGUGCAGUUGUCAUAUUAUAAUUUCGCUUCAGUUGCUGUUCAGGAGAAUGCUUGCUACCAAACCCCGCAGGUCCUCCAGUUUAGUUGCCCAUUAGACGAUGGCCCUUACUGGAACUCUCGGCUUAUAAGGGAGAUAGUUACAUACAUACAUACAAUGAUACAUACAUACAUACAUACUUUAUUGUGUUCUCAAAGAGGCUUUUCAACACUAAUUUACAUGGAAUGCUGAUUAAAAAACAAGGUUAAGAUUACAUAUAUAAAAUUUACUAGGAAAAAUCUUCUAUUAUUAAAAUAGUCCAUUACUAAGAAUACAAUCUGUCUAACAUGUCUUUCUUUAAUUUAUUCUUAAAACUUCUCAGAGAUGGCAUUUGUUUUGUGUUAUUGUCCAGAUCAUUCCAUAGUUUCACCCCUCUAUAAUGAAAUGUUCUCUGGCCAGUGGUGGUAUUAUAAAUCGGUAUUUGGAGGAGCUCUCGGUUACGAGUGUUACAUUCAUGUAUAUUUGAUCGUUUACUAAAUUUAUUGCACAAGUAAGGUGGGGCUAGAUUGUUAAUACACUUGUACAUCAAAACUGUAUCUCUAAAAAGGAAGUGUUCCUUAACUGGAAGCCAAUUCAGUUCUUGCAGUUUUGGUGAGAUAUGAUCGAACUUCUUGCUGUUUGUCACGAUCCUACUAACAUACAACUUCUAAAAAGUUUAAACAGACGAUAUUUUAUGUAUAUAAGAAAGAACUAGUUAUUUCAUUUGUUUGUAUAGAAUUCUUGGUCCACCGUGAUUUACAGCAGAAAACUAAAUCAUAUGAUGAAGAUGGUAAAGACGGUGAAGUAAUUCCUGGUAAGGUAUCGAGUGGCUGCACUCUGCAGAUGUUAGAUCUUAAUAUAAUACCUCUACGCACAAUUAACAUUUGAAGGUUAAAAUCCUGCAUGGUUAAACUAAUGUUAAAGUAUGAAGCAUAUUAGCGCCAAUCUCUCUUUUAUUGUAUUUUUUUAUUUUUGACAUAAAGCCAGAGGUCUGUAAGUUAACACUGGCCCGCUUGCCCGGGGCAAGUGAAUAUCAUGACGGUCAAGUAAACGUUUUAUCUUGCUUGCCCGAUUGGACAAGUUGUCUUGCCACAAAAGCUGGGCAUCUUUAAGUUUAUGUUUUCAUUGUCGGAUAAAUUUAUUUAUAGUGCAUGCAUGUACUUGAUUCGAAUUUUGUUUUUUGUGAGCCAAAGCUAGAUCUGAGGCAGUAUAACAUAGCCAUACAGAACAGUGGGAGAGCAGGUCGACAUGUUGUCCCCUUAAUUUAUACCCCCUACCUAGGUAGUAGAUACCCCAGUGGCCAUUGUCUGAUGGCAAGUGAAUUUUAUUCAGGGCAACUAAUUUUCAUAUCCAACUUGCCCUGAGGGCUAGUGGUCAAAAAAAGUAAAGUUACACCACUGAAAGCCGUUUUUGUCCAAAUUUUUUGUAAUUGUUUGACUCGUUUAGACGAAUCAACUCGUGAAAAUGAAGAACAUUUAAAAUCUGAAGUUGAAAGACUUCUUAAAGAGAGAGCAGUGUUAUUGAAUGAAACCAAAAAGCACAACCAAACUUUACAAGAGAAAACGUCCGCACUACAGGAGCAAUACGAGGGCGUAAUUGGAGAGAAAAAUACCCAAAUUGGAAAGGUAUGUAUGUGCCUUUCGAUGCAUUUGUGAUUCAACCAAUUCCAUGCAAAGAUUCACAAUGAUUUUGUCACAGCUCGAAGUAUCGGAAUCAGAGAAGAAAGAAAGGCUUCACUCGUUGCAAGAUCAACUGGAAACAAAAUGUGAGGAACUGGAAGAAGCCUCGGAAACGAUCGAGGAACUUAAGUUGUCUUUAAGUAAAGAGAAAACUACCAUCGAGAAAGGUACGUUGUGAACUUUUAUAUUUUCAAAAUCCUUACAACAAACAACAACAACGAGAACAACUACGACAACAACGACCACAACAACAACAACAACAACAACAACAACAACAACAACAACAACAACAACAACAACAACAACAACAACAACAACAACAACAACAACAACAACAACAACAACAAUAACAACAACAACAACAACAACAACAACAACAACAACAACAACAACAACAACAACAACAACAACAACAACAACAACAACCACAACAACAACAACAACAACCACAACAACAACAACAACAACAACAACAACAACAACAACAACAACAACAACAACAACAACAACAACAACAACAACAACAACAACAACAACAACAACAACAACGAACAACAACAACAACAACAACGAACAACAACAACAACAACAACAACAACAACAACAACAACGACCACAACAACAACAACAACAACAACAACAAGCAACAACCAACAACAACAACAACCAACAACAACAACAACCAACAGCGACAACAACCAACAACAACAACAACAACCAACAGCGACAAUAAUAACAUAUAUAGUUCUUUGCCGACUAAAUAAAAAUGAACAACAACGACAGCACAAUCCUCCACCACAAACAACAGCCACAACAACACCAAAAACAGGGCGCCACCACUACAAACAACAACCACCAUCAAUAACUACAAUAUUAUUCUAUCCUAUUUUCAAUCCCUAGAACAUCGUGAAGCGAUGGAAAAAGAGCGGCUUAGAAACGCUGAAGAUAUGAGUAUGAUAGAAAUCCAACUGAACGACGUUCGUCGUGAACAUGCUAAGGCCGUAGCAGCAUUGAAAAAUGCAGAGAGACAAGUGAGCCGUGAGAAACAGCAAGCAGGUAAUAUGGUGGCGAAUAUUGAACGAGAAUAUAGCGAGAAACUAGCAAGAUGCGAGAAGCAGUUGAAAAGUGUUGAAAAAGAAAGGAAUUUAUUGAUGGUCAGAAUUCGUGAAGAUAGGAGUCAUGUUGUCAGAUCUCAACCAGUUACUGGUACGUGUAAUACAUAAUACAGGAGUGGAUCCAGACAGAUUUGUUUGGGAGGCAGGGUCUUAGCUAGGAUUUUAGAUCUUGGGAGUGUUUCUAAUAACCAGGAUGUGCACAUGUCAAUUACUUUGAAUAGCCAAAUUCACGGUUCUAGUUAUACUCGCCGACAACAGACAAUGUCUGUGGUUGUUCUAUGCUUUGCAACCAAAUACAAGGCGAGCAUACGCUCAUAUUGCAUUUAACACCAUACAGUUCCCAUUAUCCAUCAAAACAUUAAAACAUCACGGAUCACUUUAAUUUGCCAAUUUCAACAACAACAACAACAACAACAACAACAACAACAACAACAACAACAACAGUAGAUUUUACAAAUUUUCUUACGACAUAAAUUGGAAGAAAUUCUGUCUGUUGUAAGUAGCACCACCUUAUUUUACGAAUCUACAUGGCCUUAUAUAAAUAGUGAAGCCGCGUUCAUUUUAUCUAGCCGUGUUUUUCCACGGCCAACACGGCCCUCUAGCUAAGACCCUUUGGGAGUGCUCAUCGGGUCAACGGUCGCACCUAAAACCAAGUGCAUAGUCAUAAUCAUAUAGUUUUUGUUCUUCUCCACUCCAAGCUUUCAAACAAAGUUAUUUUUCCUCAAUCUGGUCUACUUUAUAGCCUGGUUAUUAUAGAAACUGACGUACUAUUUCGUAAAACUGAUUUAGUUAUUUGGCAUCUUAAAUCUUGAAGUUUUCUUGUUGAAGAAUGAAAGUAGUGAUAUAUUAUAAGUUGGUCAUUGAGCUCAGUUGUGUUGCCAUCUAAUCAAUAUACACUAGUUAAUUUUGGAUGACUUUAAGACUCCCUAGCCGCCUACUUUAACAACACAGCCGCCUAUACUCAGAAUAAUUCUGAAAGCCUUGAACCAAAUACUUUAAGAGAAAGCCCUUCCUUGAACAUAGGGUCUUGGACAACAGUACAGUUUAGAAGUGAUGGAGUUAUUUACUAUAUCACUGUGAGGUUUUUAUUUUAAAUUUUGUAUAACAAUUUUGUUUUAGGACGAGACAAUUCCACAAAGGGAAACCGCCUUUUGAAACCAGUGAAAACAUCAAUCGCUAAACAAUCUCUCGAAAAGAACAGGACACAGGAGAACACUGUGGAUGAUGAGGAAUCUGAAAGUAUCAAGCCAAUAGAUGCCGAAGAGGCUUUAACAGCCUUAAAGGAGAUUAAGGUAUUAUCACAACAAAUUGUUAAGUUACACGACAAAAGUAGUGAUGUAUCUACCUCUGAGUCGGAAUUGUAGGAGAUUAAGGUAUACAGCUAUUUCAAUUAAGGUUGUCCACGAGCAAAGCGGAAAAGUCGAAUACGAGCGCGAAAGACUGCUAGGAAUCGCUAAAAAAUUCUUUAAUUUUUUUAGCGAUUCCCAGCAGCCUUUCGCGCUCGUAUUCGACUUUUCCGCUUUGCUCGGGGACAGCCUUAAUUGAAAUAGCUGUGUAUUAUCACAAAAAACAUGAGGAAAAGGGAAGAUCAUAGAAAAUUAGGAUCCUAUAGUGAUUUAGGAUUAUCUCAGAGAGAUUAAGGAUUCUGUAUCUGAGUCUGAAUUAUAAGAGAUUAAGGCCAAAUAUAUUAUCACAAAGAGAUGGGGGAAUGAUCAUACAGAGAUCAAGGAUUAUCCUAAAGAGAUUAAGAUAAUCUCAAAGAGAUUAAGGAUUCUCUCAAAGAGAUUAAGGAUUAUCUCAAAGAGAUUAAGGAUUAUCUCAAAGAGAUCAAGGACUCUCUCAAAGAGAUUAAGGAUUAUCUCAAAGAGAUAAAGAAUUAUCUCGAAGAGAUAAAGGUUAUCUCAAAGAAAUAAAGGAUUAUAUUGAAAGAGAUUAAGGAUUAUUUCAAAGAGAUUAAGGAUUAUUUCAAAGAGAUUAAGGCUCAUAGAGAUUAAGAUAUUAUCCCAGCGAAUUGUCAAGUUGACAAAACUAACGUAGUCUCUGCUUCGGAUUUUGAACUUGCAAG